AUGGAGCGAAAAGGUGAGCAUUGUUUCAGAUGUUCUCGUCAUUAAUUAUUAUUUGCAGGUCGUGAGCGUAAACUUCCUGGCAUGAAGAUUAUGAUGCCGGCGCCGGUCGAGACGCCAACGAUGAACCUGGAAGACCGCUGUCUGAUCAAGUAAGUAGCACAUGCGUUUUUAUUUAUCAGUAACAGUAAUACGCGUGUCUGUCUGCUGCGCGACACACGCAAACCGAUUGGGAUUACGACAUCUGAUUGAUUUAGAUUGACAAACGAGUCGGAGGAAAUCGAGAUCACCGCCACGGACUUGGUCGUACUCGAGGAACUAGGCAAAGGGGGAUACGGUAUCGUCGAGAAGAUGCAGCACAGAACCAGUGGAAUUAUUAUGGCGGUGAAGGUGAGUGGAAAGGAUGAAAGAGCGAUCAAUAGGUAGAGGGGCUCCCCCCGGGGACGUUCAAAUGAAUAGAAGUUUGACGGGUUGGAUUGGACAGCACGCGCGUGUCAAAUAUGGGGUUUAUAUUUGCAUCAAUGUGGCGAUUAAUGAUAUCAUCCACCAAAAGCUGCAUACGGAGAGACGAGUAUUGUGGGCGAGGAGGGAGGAAACGAUAGGCGAGAGCAAUGAUGAGCGGUUAAUUCAGAUGCAGGUGUGUGGGCUCGCAAAAAGAGCACAUCCGCGGAAGAGGGGGCAGAAGAGACAGGAAAGGCGCCUCAGCGAGAGAAUUGAAGCCUAGGAAACGGUUGAUUGGAUGAGAAGGAGACAAAAUAAUUGUAAGCGACGGCGACGAAGAUGCCGAAUUGCUUUUUGGCGGUCGGCACGCACCCGCCCGACCGCCAGCCCCCGAAAUUUGGUGUCUACACGGGAGACGGAAAGUUUCAAGAAGUGAAUAAUGACUGAAUGCAUCUUUUUUUUUCGAAUCGAAAGACACUUGGGGGUUAGAACCUGGGGUGUGGUCUCUGUCUCGCCGCCAAUGAAUUGAAAAUGAAAUAUUUGAGGGUGAAAAUGAGAAAAUGAAGAAGAAGACGGUGAAUAUUAAGUCGACAUGCGCGUCGGAUACCAGGAAACAAAUUCGAAUUAGCACGUGUUGCAUGAUUGGCUUUUCUAGAUAAAAUUUAACGCAGCGCAAGAAUUUGAUGUAAAGCAGAGACGAGGAAUGUGACGAAAUUGUAGGAGCCUACGGAGGAACUGGAGCGGAAUCGCAAAUAAAGACCAUUUAUCUAUCGGGUGCCUUUGAAAUGACAGGGGAAUGGGAGGAGAGGGUGACCUGGCGCCAUGGCGGAUGGCCUUUAGAAAGAACACGACAUGGUUGACAUUCAAAUAGAACAGGAACCGUUUAUUGGACAAGAUUGCCAACAAACGUCUUGUAAAGAAAGGGUCACGGAACCAUUUGGAGGGCCGGGCAAGUAGACGACUCUGUCGUGCCAAUCCUAUAUAAUCCGUCUCAUACACAGACACAUCUGUUCUGCUUUUCAGAGAAUAAAGUCGUCGAUCAACGACCAGGCGCAGAAGCAGAUGCUCACCGAACUCGACGCGUGCAAGAGAAGCGACUGCUGUCCGCAGAUGGUCCGCUUCUACGGAGCAAUGUUCCGCGAAGGCGACGUGUGGAUUUGCAUGGAAGUGAUGGACACUUCGCUCGACAAAUUCUACCGCCACACCUACAAGAUAGGAAAGCAUAUUCCGGAGCCGUUUAUUGGAAAAAUGGCGCUUUCGGUGAUCGAGGGUCUCAAUUUCAUGAAGGAACAGCUCAAUCUGAUCCAUCGCGAUGUCAAACCCUCGAAUAUACUCUUGAACAGACAUGGGCAAGUCAAAAUUUGCGACUUUGGAAUCUCGGGUCAUCUGACGAACAGUCUGGCGAAGGUGAGCGUUACUUUUGUGCAAUAUUUCGCAACCCCGUAUUGAUUACAGACAGUGCAAGCCGGAUGCAAGCCGUACAUGCCGCCGGAGCGAAUCGAUGGGGAGACAAAGUCGGCGUACGAUGUGAGGGCCGACGUAUGGAGUCUUGGCAUCACGAUAAUCGAGAUCGCCGUCGGAACCCAUCCGUACGCCAACUGGAAGACGCCGUUCGAGCAGUUGAAGCAAGUCGUCAAAGAGCCGCCGCCGAAGCUGCCGAUGGAAAGCGGGUUCAGCAUGGACUGUCAGUACUUUAUCAAGCGAUGGUGAGUGUGAACCUUAAGGGAUGUACUCGGAACUCAGUUGGGCACUUUCAGUCUCGAGAAGAACUACAACGAACGUCCCAAGUACCCAGAGUUGUUGGCGAUGCCGUUCAUGGAGCAGGCGAGAAAUGAGAAGCAAUUUAGCAUGGCUCGCUUUAUCAAUGAGGUGAGUCAGAGUUCAAAGUUAGCGUUUCUGUGACAUUUCUCGUUGAGGAAGCAAAGAAUCGUUCUUCUAGUUAGCAACAUAUGUGCGCUCUUGAAUAAAUUUCGACCGGGCCGCCCCGUUGCAACUAUGACAAAUUUGGAAUGAGCAAAAAAAAUGCAGCACAAGAAAAUUGAUUAGAAAUGAAUCAUCUUUGGUGUGUUUCAGAUCCUCGACACCCCUUGGCGUCCGCGAUAA